AUGCGUCAGUACAAAAGGGUUCCGAAGAAAGUGUUGCAACGAGAAUGGCCACACUUAUUCGAGCAUGAACAUUUAAGAAGUGAUCUGCAGUCAAAUGAAGUCGGUGAUGUCGCAAUUAAACAUCAGAAUGAAGAAACAUGCGUCAGAAACUCUCCGACCGAAGUGGAUACAAGCGGCAGAACAUCUCGUAAUGAAGAAGAAAACGUAGAAAGCUCGCAAGAAAAUGAUUUUCCAAAUUUGGAAGAAGAACAACGUCACAUGGUUUCUCCAGAAAUUGAUUGCACAUCACCUGAAGAGGACCAGGAUAACAAAUUUGGUCGUGAAAAUGCCAUCCACUACAUCGCUGCCUUUUUUGCUUACAAUAAUAUUAGUAAAUCGAUGGGAACCGACAUUUUUGAAACAGGACGAUUAAUUGGAACAUAUCCUGAUAUCAGGUUGUCGGAAAUUUGGAGGACAAUUGGCGCUUGGGUGGAUUAUGACAUGCGAGUUUAUCGUUACUGUGCGAGUUGUGGAAAUAUGCUCACGGAAUCCCAGAAAUGUGUCAACAAAAAAUGCAAUCGGUAUUUUUUGUCACAAUGUAACGUAUCGUUAUCCAAAAUGGCUGUUACACUUUCCAUUAGGAAACAAGUCGAAGUUUUGCUGACAAGUGGUGCAUUCAACAAAAAAUUGCUGAAUCAACAAGGAUCUUCAACAUCCCUCUCCUCCCGCACUUGCCAGACUCCAAAGUACAAGGCCAAAUUAGAAGAAAGUCGAGCAAAGUACCCCGACAUAGUCACGCUUUUCUUAACAUUCAAUACGGAUGGAUGUCAGAAGCGAGGAAAUGUUAGAGGCCAAAUUUGGCCUGUUUUUCUUGCACCGAAUGAUAUCAUCUCAGAACGAUGUAGUUUUCAAGAGUAUCGCCCGGAGAUGGUUAUUAUGUCUGCCUUAAUGCUAUCAAAAAAGAAAUUGCACACUGGAGACUUUUCCUCGCUGGUUGAAAGAAUGCGUUUGGAAUUAGAUGAAACCACCGUGAAUCCACUUAUCUUCAAACUGAAUGAUGUUGAGUACAAAAUACGGAUAGAAAUCUGUUUCUCAGUACUAGAUAUGGACGCUAGUAGAAAGAUUCACAGGCUCCCAAAUUGGCAAUCCUACAGUUCAUGUUCGCGAUGUGAUAUUAAAGGAACCAGAUUUGGCACUCGAAAUAAUUCAACCAAAAUUGUAUGGACUCAGUCUACUAGAAGCCGUCUCUACAAUUCCUUUCAUAGACCUCCAAAACUCAUUCCAACAUGUCUUCCGUCUCCAUGGAGUGAUGGAUACGAUGGUCUUCAUCUUAUUUUUGAAGGGACUUCUCGAGAUGUUUUGAAGCUGACACACGUCAGUGGACGUAAAAUCAACCUUAUUUUGACCACAAAUGAGAGAGCGAUCUGGGCGGAAGUUGUCGAUAGAUCCACUGUUCCAAGAGGAAGAAGCUCUCUGAGUUGGAGGAGUUUUGCCGAUAUACUGUGUGCCCAGAUAUUUCAAUUUUCCAACUGAUCGAUACCCUGGAUGAGUGCACCGAUGAUGAACGAAAGUCGAUUCACGUUGGCCAGGGAAUUAUGAUGAAAAUGCAAAGGCCACAAGAAAAAACUAUUGCGUCCGUAGAAGCAUCGAUGAAUUCACUUGCAUCAAAAGUUGCGAAGAACAUACAGCCAGGAAUAAUCAUCAAGAAGGAUCUUCAAAUUUCGCAUAUUAUCAAUGCUACUGGCGAAUUUCCGACAUGCGAUAUUACCGACCUUUACAAUUCUAGCCGUCUGAUUGGGAAAGAUGCAAUUACACAACUUUCCCACUUUUUUAUGUCUGUCUUAAAAGACUUACUUCAACCGGUUUACAAUAUUUGGCCCUACACGUAUCGUCCCCGCUCGGUUCGUCGCGUGGACAAGAAUUUUGUAGAAUUCCCAAAGGAAGUGGUCCAAGCUUUUGUCGAUGUUGGACUUGAUGCUGUAGGUGUAUAUCUCCCGAAAGACUUGACCAGAGGAGACAUCGAUUCUGAUCAUCCGUUCUUGAAGACGCUUGGCGACAAAUGGGAAGAAGAAGUUCAUCGACGCCGAAAUGAGCGCAUCACAUGCAUCACCAACUCCAUCGAAGCUCUUGGAAUUGCGAUGUCAAAUCUGAGAACGUAUCACUACGAUGUCAGGACGAAGCUUCUCGAGGCUUGCGCUGCUCGGAAAGGGUGAAAGAUCCACUUGAAAUGGGAUCAGCUUAGAAAGUUCAAAGAGGAACAGAAGGUGGACGCUUCGCCAGAAGAUAUUCUCAAAUUUUUCAACUCUUCAUCUCGCGACUGA